UAGUAGCAUCCCAGGAGGACACCAGCACGGAACGCGGCGGGCGACUGCGGUGAGAGGCGGUGAGAGAGAGGCGGAGAGGCCCGAAACAGAGCCUCGGCCUCUGGCUCCCAGGAGCGGCUGCGGAGGAAGUGCGAGUGUGUGUGUGUGUAUGUGUGUGUGUGUGCGCGCGCGCGGAUCGGGCUCAGCCGUGUGCAUAGAGCGAGACGCGCGCGUGAGCGUCGCCGAGGGAGACAGGCCGGGUACCUGUACUGGUGACGCACUUGCGCAUCUGGCUUCUCUGGACUUUGUGCCUACAGUAAAGGAAACCCCAAGAGUACUGUUCGGUUCUUGAAUUCUGAAAACCAUGGCCGACGGUUUGGUGACAUUCUCAGAUGUGGCCAUAGACUUCUCCCAGGAGGAGUGGGCAUGUCUGGACUCUACGCAGAGGGACCUGUACUGGGACGUGAUGUUGGAGAACUACAGUAACUUGGUCUCACUAGAGUUGGAAUCACCAUAUGAGACCAAGACUUUACCUAGACAAAAGGGCAUUUAUGAGAUGAAUUUUUCCAAACGGAACUCAGGUGGAAAAAGUAAAUCCCUUGGCCUUAACUGGAUGUGUGAAGGUGAGUUUGAAGGACCACCGACCCCUCAAGAGGGAUAUGUCAAUCAAAUGAUAAUCAACUGUGGGAAAACACCCACUUAUAGAGAAAAUACCACUGUCCGAACCCAUCAGAGACCUCAUAAUAGGGAAAACUCCUAUGAAUGUAAAGAAUGUGGAAAGGCCUUUAGUCGUGGCUAUCAACUUACUCAACAUCAGAAAAUUCACACAGGUGAGAAACCCUAUGAAUGUAAAGAAUGUAAAAAGGCUUUCCGUUGGGGUAAUCAACUUACUCAGCACCAGAAAAUUCACACCGGUGAGAAACCUUAUGAAUGUAAGGACUGCGGGAAGGCCUUUCGAUGGGGUUCAAGCCUUGUUAUUCAUAAGAGAAUUCAUACAGGUGAAAAGCCCUAUGAGUGUAAAGACUGUGGGAAGGCCUUCAGACGUGGCGAUGAACUCACUCAGCAUCAGAGAUUUCACACUGGUGAGAAGGACUAUGAAUGCAAAGAUUGCGGCAAGACCUUUAGCCGAGUAUAUAAACUAAUUCAGCAUAAGAGAAUUCACAGUGGUGAGAAGCCCUAUGAAUGUAAAGACUGUGGGAAGGCAUUUAUCUGUGGUUCAAGCCUCGUUCAACAUAAGAGAAUUCACACCGGUGAGAAGCCCUAUGAAUGCCAAGAAUGUGGGAAGGCCUUUACUCGUGUCAAUUAUCUCACUCAGCAUCAGAAAAUUCACACUGGUGAAAAACCGCAUGAAUGCAAGGAAUGUGGGAAGGCCUUUCGUUGGGGUUCAAGUCUCGUGAAACACGAGAGAAUUCAUACAGGUGAGAAGCCAUAUAAAUGUACCGAAUGUGGGAAGGCCUUUAACUGUGGCUAUCACCUUACUCAGCAUGAGAGAAUUCACACUGGUGAAACGCCUUACAAGUGUAAGGAAUGUGGAAAGGCCUUUAUUUAUGGGUCAAGCCUUGUCAAACAUGAGCGAAUUCAUACAGGGGAGAAACCCUAUGAGUGUAAAGAAUGUGGGAAAGCCUUCAGUCAUGGCCAUCAACUUACACAGCAUCAGAAAAUUCAUGCUGGUGAGAAACCCUCUGAGUGUAAGGAAUAUGGAAAGGCAUGUACCCAUGUAAGCCAUCUUCAAGAACAGAGAAUCCAUAUGGUUGGAAAACCUUUUGUGUACAAAGAAUGUAUAGAGGCCCCUGUUCAACAUUCAUUUCUUCCACAACAUGAGGAAAAUUCGUGAUAAAAUUUAACAUAAGAAAGCCUUUAUGGGUCAAAAUAUAGAAUAAUGAAUAUCAAAAGUCAUGUUAGAGGUGAAUUUGGAAAAUGGAAAAAAUCACUUUUUCUUAUUGACCACAAACUACUCAGUGUAGGUGAUUUUUUUUACUGGAUAGGUCAGUUUCAUGAAUGCAUAGAAACUUACCAAUACCAUUUCAUCUCUGUCGUACUUCAGAUUUAUUCUAGGGUACAACUCUGCUUACAGAACAUAUGAGGGAGAGCCAUUCAUCAUGGUAUGUACCCAACCUGUUAUCAUCACCAUCCCACCUCCUUACUCCCUGUAAGACACUGGGGAAAUUAGCUAUGACCCCAUGUGCAUUAUUUGUGAAAUGGGAUGAUCACACCUACCUAAUACUGCUGUUGUGGUGAUUAAAUGAGUUUGGUUCAUGUAAACUUCUUGGACGUGUAUCUGGAAUAUUGUGUAAGCUCAAUAAAUGUUAGCUGUUGUUCCUGUUA